AUGUAUUCCACCGAUAAAAAUGCCCAAUCAAAAAGGUCCUAUGUGUUAUUAUAUACACCUCCUCAUUUGCGUACUGGGAAUGCAGAUACCAGAUCUAGAACCAACCAUAAAACUGUAAAACAUAUGAAUAAUAAUUCAAAGGGAAGUUCGGGGAUUGAAGAACAAUUUUCUAAAUUAAAUAUAACACCAAGACGUAAACACUAUGAUUUUGGCUUAUCUACAUAUUAUGAUUAUAGAUUUAAGGGAUCUCAAGCCGAGUAUCAGAAAAAGCUUGAAAAAUCAACUACAUUGUAUGUUGGAAAUUUAAAUCUGUCAACAACUGAAUUAGAAAUCCGAACACUUUUUUCAAAGGCAGGAAACAUAAAAAGCAUUAAAAUGGGAAUCGAUAAGAAAACAUCGGGUUUUGGUGGAUUUUGCUUUAUUGAAUAUGAAACGCGAGCAGAAGCUGAGAAAUGUAAGAAUAAGAAAGACAUAUUCUUAAAAGGCAAUAAGGUGUUUGUCGAUUGGGAUGCCGGGUACUCUGAAGGCCGAGAAUAUACACGUAGAAAGAUCCAGAGAUCUGCAUCAGUCUAUCCAUCAAACCAAAAGGUAAAUGCACGUGUAAAUCAUGUAAUGAAGCAAGAUAACCAGCGUCUAGCAUAA